AUGUUAUCCGCCAAUCACAAUCUAAUUGUGGGGGCUCAAGCUUCUACAGUUAGAAAAAGGUAUUGUGAAAGGCAACGCGAGAUUGGUGCUGAGCGUUUGAUCAAUGACUACUUUAGUCCCAACCCGACAUAUGGGCCAGAGGUCUUCCGACGCCGAUUUCGCAUGCACAAAUCUGUAUUCCUUCGGAUAGUCGAAGCUGUUACUGCUAAUGAUGAGUAUUUUCAAGAGAGACGCGAUGCUACAGGGAGACAAAGUUUGUCAUCGUUACAUAAAUGUACCGGAGCUAUGCGGGUGCUGGCGUAUGGGACAUCAUCCGAUGUCGUUGAUGAAUAUUUGUGGAUGAGUUCAACGGUGACGAGAGAUUCUCUAAUACAUUUCGUUGAAGGUGUUAUCUCAUGUUUUGGUGCCACAUAUCUUAGAAGACCUACUGAACAAGAUCUCGCUAGACUUCUAUAUGUAGCAGAUCAACGUGGGUUUCCAGGCAUGAUUGGGAGUAUAGACUAUAUGCAUUGGGAAUGGAAGAAUUGUCCUAACGCAUGGGCUGGACAAUAUACAGGGAGAAGUUCGUGCAAUGAUAUUAAUGUACUCUAUAGGUCUCCUGUUUUUGAUGAUGUCUUAGAAGGUCGAGCACCAUCUGUUAAUUACGUAGUAAAUGGUCAUCAGUAUAAUAGGGCAUAUUAUCUUACUGAUGGCAUAUACCCUGCAUGGGCUGCAUUUGUGAAGUCAAUUGCUUCUCCACAAAUUCAAAAGCAUAAGUUGUUUGCUCAAUUCCAAGAGUCUAUCAGAAAAGAUGUUGAGCGAGCAUUUGGAGUCCUACAAGCGCGUUUCGCAUUUUUGCGAAGGCCAUGCCUUGUCUGGGACAAGAUGUUGAUGGGAAAAAUUAUGAUUGCUUGUAUAAUCAUGCAUAAUAUGAUAGUAGAAGAUGAACGUGAUACAUAUCAAAAUUAUUAUGAUCCUACUGAGUUUUUUGAAGAUACACCUACAAGAGCACAAGAAGGAAAUGCUGAAGCUUUUUGCUACUCUACUCAACGGAUUGGGAGUUUGUGUUCUUAUAUAACAAAUCGAGACCAACUCCGCAAUAGAGAAGCUCAUAUUACCCUUCGAGAUGAUUUGAUUGAGCACAUUUGGGAUAAAUUUGGCACAAAUAGUUGA